AUGUUUGGUCGUCGUGUGUUUGCGAGUGCUGGCGUGCCGCGUCAUGCGUGGGCUGCGCUGCACAUUCAAAGCAGCCGCCAGGCCUCCCGCAUCCUCCCGUCACUCGCACCACUCGCGCCACUCGAGUGCCGCCGACAGUUGUCCGGCGCCGUCGCGGCCGUAAGUGCAUGGCAGACGACACCAGCAGUGAGUGAUGCGCUGCUCAGCGACGAGGAUUUGCUCCUCUCCUCCACUACUGCCGCAGUUAUGGCGUGGCACCGCGGCUGCCUGUCAUCUCUUGCAACCGCCUGGUGUAUGCCUUUGAGGACCAUAGUGUGGGGGCUAGAUAAUAAACUUCAACAUAUGAGUAAUACACAUUGA